AUGCCCAGCGCUUCGGUCCGCCUCGCCCGGCCUAAGGAAGUUAGGGUCUUGCUGGUUCCUUCCCGCAUGGCCACUCUCCUACAAGGUCUUCGCCCUCUAAAGCAGAGGCACCCACACUUCCUGCGCCAUGUGUCCCAGCGCAUCACCCUCCAGUCCACCAUUUUGAGGGAUGCUGGCGUUGAAGGAGAGCUGACCAAAGCUCUGGACUUCAGCGCGGAUCGACAACAGUGGCUCUGCGAGGCGCUCUUCUUCCGCCUCAACCCGGGGCUAUCUCCUUCCGACGACAAGGUGCAGCUCGCGCUGCCCCAUUUCAAGUCGCUGAUCCAUCUGAAGGCAGCAUACGAUGUGCUGCUUGAAGAGAAGCUCUUCGACGUCUUGGAGAGGGGCUCUGGGCCACGGGAAGGCUCCUACGAGGACGCUCUUGACCGGGUAAUUGGUCAGCUCCUGGCGUCUUUUCAGGCCGCAUCCGAUGCUCCAGCCCCUUCCGCUACUUCGCCAGAGCCCCGAUACCUGAGGGUGACCAAGGUACCGGUGCUCUGGGAGCCACCCAAAGGUCGCCAGCCCAGAGGACUCUCGCAAGCCGGCGAGUCGUCGACUCAAGAGGCGGUGGCCGGAGCGGUGACGGAUGAAGGGGAUCAAGAAGAGGCGGUGGCCGGAGCGGUGACGGAUGAAGGGGAUCAAGAAGAGGCGGUGGCCGGAGCGGUGACGGAUGAAGGGGAUCAAGCAGCUGGAGCGGCACCAUCGCCCCUGCGUCACUGGAUGCAAGAGACGGUGUUCGAGGGUGUCCGCGCGCGCGAAGGCCAUGCGAGCGUCAGGCCGCGAAGAGGAGUCGGCGCGGGUGCUAGGACUGGAUCGUCUCGUGUCGGAGCUGGUGCUGGAGCUGCUUCUUCUGGAUCGUCUCGCGUCGGUGAUGGUGGUAGGUCGUCUUGCGCUCGGGAUGGUGGUGGAGCUGGGUCGUCUCCCUCUGGUGAAAAUGCUGGGGCCGGGUCGUCUCGCACUGGUGGUGGUGGUGGUGGUGGUGGUAGCGGCGCUGGUGAUGAUGGUGGUGCUGGUGGUGGUGCUGUUGCUGGGCCGUCUCGCGCUGGUGUAGGUGGUGGCGCUAGUGCUGGGUCAUCUCGACUCAAGCGGCCGUUGGAGGCGGAGGCCAACGACGCAAACAGCGAGGAGAGCAAGCGCCAGAGGGCCGAUGCUCCCGCUAGCGCUUCGAGGGGAAGCAUGUGUUUCGCAAGCAUUUUCGUUUCCAUGUAUUACUAG